AUGUCUGGACGUGGUAAAGGAGGAAAAGGACUUGGAAAAGGAGGCGCAAAACGUCAUCGCAAAAUUCUUCGAGACAACAUUCAAGGUAUUACUAAACCUGCUAUCAGACGUCUCGCACGCAGAGGUGGUGUAAAACGUAUUUCUGGUCUUAUCUAUGAAGAAACACGCGGGGUCCUCAAAGUAUUCCUUGAAAAUGUAAUUCGAGAUGCUGUAACCUAUACAGAACAUGCUAAGCGUAAGACUGUAACGUCUUUAGAUGUUGUCUAUGCACUCAAACGCCAAGGACGAACUCUUUAUGGUUUUGGAGGUUAA